AAUGUUGUGGCGGCCUUGAUCUCUUCUUCUUUCCGCCCUCUUUGCCGCAACUAUUCCACCUGGACUCUAGGGGUAUAAAACCUUCAAAAAAAAAAAAAGACUCUAGGGGUAUACUAGUGUCAAUAGGCCUGCUUAUUUUAUCUCUCCCUCGUGACCAACAAAAAAGUGGGGCUGCGCCCCCGUUGUACACUCCCUUCAUUCUACGAACCCUUAUUGAUUCUAAACUUCGUUCGCGAAGGAACCCGACGUUUGACGGGCCGGGAUUUAUUGAGUCUUAUUUUGAUAUGAUGUCCCUUUACAUUGAUUGCGAAAUUGAUGAAAAUGUUGGCAUCCGUUACUGCCCAUCCGACGGCUAGUAUUCAAUGUCCCUCCGGUACAAAUAAAAAACACGUAGGGCUCAUAUAAUUAGCUGCGCGAAUUCACAGUAAAGGGUGCGUGCGACUUGCGAGAAACACUCGCUCUCGCCACCUCUUGCUCUGCGACGCCGCCGCCGUUCACUCCUUCCUCUCCACUUCGAGCGAAGUUGCUUGCGAGAACGCGCACGCUGUUGCCAUCAGCCAUUUCCUUCCGCUAGGGUUUUGAACUCGCCGCGACUACUCUCUCGGAACGCUGCAUUUUCAGUUAGUGUCUGGUAGUCAAUAGGAACUGUAUUGCAGCAUUUGGUUUAACCGCGGAACUUGGUGAUAAUGGCGAGGAGUAGGCUUUCUGGAGGAUAUUCUGGUAAUGCAGUAGAGACGGCCAGUGAAUCGGAUGGGUCUGGUGUAUCGGGGCGAAUGGAUGCUGAUAGUACUGUUUUGGAGGACUCUAGUAUGCCUGUGAGGAAAUGUACUGGUUUGAAUUCGAGCCGGCGAGAUGCGUUUCGUGUUCCCGUCCAAGUUAUUCCAAUGUCAAAUUUGUCAGAAAUUAAAAGAAAAGGUCUGGUACGGCGGUUAAAAUCGGAGCUUGAACAGAUUAGGUUAAUUCAAAAGAAAGUUGAAGUACGAAAAACUAAUGGUGCUAUGUUGUCACCAUCCAGUGUAAUUCAGAGCUUUAGCAAUGGCCAUAAUAAUGGGCCUUGGACAGAGAACCCAAGAGAACCAUCAAUUUCCAAUUCUGUACCAGGGAAUGGAUUGAAACCAUCAGGCCAGAGUCAGAAGCCUCGUGGAUGGAAUCGUGGCUCUGCCGAGAAGUUUGCUCCUGCGGCGUGGACUUCUUCACCGAGCGCCACGAAUGCUUUGUUGAUGAAAGAUUGUGAGCCACUGUUGAAACGGUUGAUGAAUCACCAGUUUGCUUGGGUUUUCAAAACCCCCGUAGAUGUGGUGAAGUUGAACCUUCCGGAUUAUUUCAGUGUCAUUAAGCAUCCUAUGGAUUUGGGAACAGUAAAAACCAAGCUAGCUAAAGGAGUAUACAGAGAUCCAUUGGAAUUUGCUGGUGAUGUGAGGCUUACAUUUUCAAAUGCAAUGACCUAUAAUCCACGUGGGAAUGAUGUCCAUAUCAUGGCUGAUACCCUUAGUAAAUACUUUGAAGUGAGAUGGAAAUCAAUUGAGAAGAAACUGCCUAGAAAAGAUGCUCAACGAUUGCCUACAAAGCCUGCUACUUCAGAUGAUGUGGAAACUAUUAGACCAGUGCCUCCUUCAAAAAAGAGGAAAUUGAUCUCAUUGUCCCCUCAGCCUGAAGUUAUGCCACCGGCUAAGCAGGUUAUGUCAGAUCAAGAGAAGCUUUGUCUAGGGAGAGAGCUGGAGUCUUUGCUAGAAGAAGAACCUGUCCAUAUCAUUGAUUUCUUAAAAGAACAUUGUUCAAAUGGUGGAGAAUGUGCAGAGGAUGAGAUUGAGAUUGAUAUUGAUGAUCUCAGUAAUGAUACACUGUUCACAUUACGAAAGCUGUUGGAUGAUUUUAAGCAAGAGAAGCAGAAGGACAAAGCAAAAGUUGAAGCCUGUGAAAUAGAGCUGCUGAACGAUUCUGGACCAAGCAAUUCCUCAAUGCAAGCAUUUAAAGGUAAUGACUCAGCUGAUGAAGAGGACAUUGGUAGAAAUGAGCCCCCUGUGUCUAGGUAUCCUGCAGCAGAGACUGAAAAGGAUAAAACAUACAAAAUGGACAAACAUUCAAGUCUAGGCAGCAGUGAAUCUGUCAGUGACUUGAAUAAACUUAAGGACGACUCUCAGCAAAAGCUAAGUUCUUUCAACUCUGAUUGCUAUGAAGAUGGAGAAUGUGCUCCAACAGAGAGACAGAUCCCUGAUAAACUUUAUCGAGCCGCAUUAUUGAAGAAUCGAUUUGCUGAUACUAUCUUGAAGGCUCGAGAAAAGACACUGGCACAUGUUGAGAAGGGAGAUCCUGAGAAAUUGCGGCAGGAGAGGGAAAAACUGGAAAUGGAGCGACGUAAAGAAAAGGCAAGGUUACAAGCAGAAGCCCAAGCAGCUGAAGAUGCUCAAAAGCGGGCAGAAGCACAAGCUGCUGCCGAAGCCAGACGAAAGAGGGAGCUUGAGAGAGAAGCGGCACGGCAAGCACUGCUACAGUUGGAAAAAACUGUUGAGAUCAAUGAGAAUUCUCGAAUUCUUAAAGAUUUGGAAAUGCUUAGAGCUGUACCUGGUGAGCAAUUGCCUAGCUCCAUAUAUGAGACGAGUCCUGAUCAGUCUCAGGAUGCCGUAGAUUGUUUCACGUUUGAUGGUAGUAAUCCCUUGGAACAACUAGGAUUGUAUAUUAAAGCUGAAGCUGAUGAUGACGAGGAAGAAGAUCCACAAUGUGCUCCAAAUCCUUUAAGUGAUGUAGAAGAGGGAGAGAUUGAUUAAGGUUAUGCACAUUUUGUAUGAAGAGCCAAGAAGCAAACUGUUGUUAUCUAGAUCUCUAGGCCAUUCCCCUGAUAUUCUAGCCAGCGUAAUGCAGCAGCAAUCCAUCACAAAUGGGACAGAGCACUAUUUUUUGGUACCGGAUUUCAUACUCUAAAACGACGUUAUUUUACUUUUUUGGGUUUGUUUUGGCAACAGAUCAGAGGUUCACAAACUAAGUUGUUCAGACAAAGAAAAGAAGGGAUUCAAAGUUACAUUUUUUUGUUUUUGACUAACAAAAAGGUUACAUUUUUGGACGUUUGCAAUUAUAACAAUACAUCAGCCUUCUUGUUUCUCCAA